AUGUGUUUAGAACUAAAAGAACUAAAAGAAGAAGCGAAUCUCACUUUACUAUCAAGUGAUACUGACUGUGCGUUUAGAAUUAAACAACGACAACCGGAGACCAUAGCUGUUGGCCAAUGGACACUGUCAUUACCAUUUGUACUGUCGGCCAACCUACACGAGGGUGAUCUUGUAGCCAACUAUCCAUUCGAUUCUACAAAGCUAGAAGGUGUCAGCCAGUACAGCGCUAGUCCCGACGAUGGCACUUUCAGGUGGCUUGCUCAGAAUUACGCUAAAAACCAUGCCCAUAUGGCUAAGAACGACCAUCCACCAUGUGACGGAACUACUAGGGACGCAUUCGCCACGCAAGACUUCAACUACCUCGCUACCAAUGCUAUGGAGCUUACAUUGGAACUGAGCUGCGAGAAGAUGCCUCCUGGAAAGGAGCUGCCACAGUUCUGGGAAGAUAACAAGAAAGCUCUGAUGGAGUUCAUGUUUGCGGAGAGAGGGAGAGAGAGAAAGAAGGAAAAAAAGAGAGAGAAAAUGAGCCUAGUCCACAAGAAAUUUGUCGGUAGAGCACUUCUAGGUCCGUCAGUGCUGAUUAGCUUUACAAAAUCUUGAUA